UUCCCGUGAUCAUGUGAAUACUUCAGCUAACUAGGUUCACUCAGUCGUCCCGGCCAUACACACUACCCCGGUUUGGGCACUCGACACCCCGCUACAGCCUGCGCUGGUUCCCAAUAGCUACGCUAUGUCGGAUGGAGAGCGUAGCCCGUUGCUUUCGGACCAGCACGACGGGACGAAUGGUGCCUCGUAUGGCUUUCCCCCGAGGCCACAGAGUUUCCCUCCAUUCCUCAGCCCCAGUGCCCCCCCUCCAGUCCUGUUCGGUGAAGCCCCCCCUCCCUACUCUGCCCUGGGCAGCCCAGACAUUGGCAGCUCCCCCAUCAUCAGUUGUAGGGUGUGUCAGAGUGCCAUCAACGUGGAGGGAAAGACACACCAACACGUAGUCAAGUGCAUCAUCUGCAAUGAGGCUACGCCUAUAAAGAAUGCUCCAGCAGGGAAGAAGUAUGUCCGCUGCCCCUGUAACUGUCUCCUCAUCUGUAAAGUCACCUCACAGAGGAUCGCCUGUCCCCGACUUUACUGUAAGCGUGUCAUGAACUUGGGUCUGGUGCGUGCUGCCGGGUCGGGUUCAGACAGUCCAGGACCUCAACAACUCGCUGGGGUCAGAGUGGUCUGUGGACACUGCAGAAACACAUUCCUGUGGACUGAUUUCUCAGACAGAACGUUAGCCAGAUGCCCCCACUGCAGAAAAGUCUCUUCUGUUGGCCGGCGGUACCCCAGGAGGCGGGGCUUGUGGUGUUUCCUGUUGUUUUUGGUUUUCUCUGGCGGCACGGCAGGACUAGUGGUGGGAACGUGUAAACCAGCCUUGCUCCACAGAGGGAUUUAUGCCGCUUGGGUCUUCCUGAUUCUCCUGACUGUACUGAGCAUGUGCAGAAUGAUCUACUGGGGCUGUCUGAAGAUCAGCGAACCCGUACAGAACAUCACAUAGAGGGGAGAGGAGCCCGUACAGAACAUCACAUAGAGGAGCCCGUACAGAACAUCACAUAGAGGGGAGAGGAGCCCGUACAGAACAUCACAUAGAGGAGCCCGUACAGAACAUCACAUAGAGGAGCCCGUACAGAACAUCACAUAGAGGAGCCCGUACAGAACAUCACAUAGAGGAGCCCGUACAGAACAUCACAUAGAGGAGCCCGUACAAAACAUCACAUAGAGGAGCCCGUACAGAACAUCACAUAGAGGAGCCCGUACAGAACAUCACAUAGAGGAGCCCGUACAGAACAUCACAUAGAGGAGCCCGUA